AUGUUGCUCUUUGUAUCUCCAUCAUCUCCGAAAUGUGUUCUUCCAUCACAAAAACAACAGCCCUACAAUCCCAAAUCAACACAUCUCAAAAUCCAAUGUAUGUCUAACCAAACAACCCCAAUCGAAAAAAUCGCCAUAGCUGGUGGACUAAUAUCCACACCAGUAAUUGGAUGGUCACUUUACACUCUAAAAACAACAGGAUGUGGGCUUCCACCAGGACCUGCUGGUUCAAUUGGAGCAAUUGAAGGUGUAAGUUACUUAGUUGUGGUGGGUAUUGUGGGUUGGUCAUUGUAUACCAAGUCCAAAACCGGGUCGGGUUUGCCUAAUGGACCCUUUGGGUUGUUGGGUGCUGUAGAAGGGUUGUCUUACUUGUCCUUGUUGGCCAUUUUGGUUGUCUUUGGGUUGCAAUUCUUGGAACAAGGUUCCAUUCCUGGCCCACUCCCUACCGAUCAAUGCUUUGGCUAACAUUUUAUUAGUCUCAGGCGCGUCGAGAUAUGAGUUUAAUUUUUAAGGUUUGUAGCGAUGCAGUCAUUGUGUUUUUAAAAAUUAUGAGUUUGUAUCUAUGGUUUAUUGUAGUUUUCAUAAAUUUACACUCCACCUUG